AUUCACAAAUAUUACUGGACUUGUUGUGUUAACUGUGCACGGAAAUAAUUCUUUUUCUUGCCACGACAUGAUAAAUAUAACCUGGAGUUUUACUUGAUGAGAUCUUUGAACACAACUGAUCAAGAAGAAUUGCUCUCGGGCAAACAUUUGAUUAGUCAACAGUAGUGCAACCUGUUACAAGUUAAUUGCUGUAGUGUUUUAUUACGAGAAGGAUCAAAUGUUAUCCCAUUGUCAACUCCUAGUAGUUGGAAUUCUUCUAACAGUAUCUGUUGCUGGAGCAUAUCUAUUUCUAAAACGAGAUUCCAUAGAGGACUUCAUAUCUGAAGAUAAAAGACGAGAGAGUGAUCUAAAGUUUGGAGAUAGCUUGGCAAGAUUGUAUUUCCCAAACGAGUACCAUGUAACCGGUGUUUUGCGACUCGUCACAAGCGAAAUUAACGAACCCUUUGAAGCCUGGUACAGCAGACCUCACAGGAGAAGCAGAAUCGAUUAUUAUCAAGGUGAUGUAAAAACCUUUCAGCGAGGUGACCUUGGAAAACAUGGAAUGUUCUUUAAGCUGAUUCCUAAGUAUUCAUUUAAGAGUAGACAGCAUUGGMGAGGCUGCUGGAAGAGAUAUGGUACAUUAAAACAUAAAAUUACAGCUCAAAGCGUUUUACCCCAUGAUGCGUCGUGGCCGUUUCGAUCUAAAUUAGAAGAUUUUAAGUACGUCAAGGACGUCCGUAUAAACGGAAAACUCUGUACAAAGUGGACCUACGAAGUCAACGUAAGGGACAAAAAGAACAGUUAUGAAUUUUACGUUACGAAAACCGUCCCUCCCCUCCCUGUGCGUCUGAUUAUGAACGGUUAUGAUACAUUGUUGGUUUCGUACUACGACUCCUACGUAAUCGACUACCRUACAUUUAAGAAGUGGAAAUACRAUGAAAACAAGUUUACGAUACCAAAACUACACCACGACAAAUGGUGCUGGGACACUUCUAAACUAAUGCGUAACCAUGGAGAUGGAGCCGCACUGGCACUUAACCCGAUGAGCGAGUUUACAACAGUAGGACAUCACGAGGAUCCAAUUAAUCAUGCUUUUGAUAACUUCAAACAAACACACAAAAAGGUUUAUAAAGAUUACAAAGAACAACAGAAACGAAAACACAUUUUUAGGCAUAACAUCAGAUAUAUUCGCUCUACAAACAGGAAAAACUUGAAUUAUCACGUCAAACCAAACCACUUCGCAGAUUUGACUGACCAAGAAUUCAGUUCUCAUAAAGGGGACCUCAGUGACGAUGAUGAAUMUAAAGAUAACAAAGAGAACUUGAAAGAGGAGCAUAAUGAUGAUGAUGAYSAUCAUCAUGAUGAUUACUCUCAUUUAACUGGAAAUAAUUAUCAUGAAAAAAGCAUGGAAUACGAUCAUGAUAAAACUGACAAAGACGUCGCGCGUGAAGAAAGUCAUAAAGAUGUAGAUAACGAUGAUAUUGAUGACACUGAUAAUCCAGAAGAAGAUGAGCAUCAAGAUGGUCGAAGAACUGAUGAUGUUGCCCGUGAAGAAAGACGUCUUUCGUACGAUGAGAGACAUUUAGAGGRCAGAAGGGAUAAAAUAUCGAAAAAAGUAAAAAACAGGAAAAAUAAUUCUAAACCGUUCAUUUUUCCAGCACAAUUGGACUGGAGGGAUUAUGGAGCCGUGAACCCACCUAAAGGACAAGGCACCUGUGGUUCGUGUUGGGCUUUUGCAUCAGUAGGCGCGGUAGAAGGAGCAAAUUUUAUUAAGACGGGGAAGCUUCUGAAUUUAUCAGAGCAACAACUCGUGGAUUGCACUUGGUUUGCACCAGGGGUCAAAAAAGGGAACAAUGGAUGUCUUGGAGGGUGGACUUGGAAAGCAUUUUCCUGGAUCAAAAAAUUUGGYCUGGCAACUACARAAUCCUACGGUCAUUAUCGUGGACAGGAGGGAUACUGCAAAACUCAUAACAUUACAGUAGGCGCCCAUAUUCGUAGUUAUCGUCGAGUAAAACGAUAUAACCCGAUUGCACUGAAGAAAGCUUUGUCGUUCCAUGGACCAGCYACUAUAUCAAUCAAUGCCAACCCCAAAGCAUUAAAGUUUUAUAGUAAAGGAGUAAUGGAUGACAUUGCUUGUAUUAUAAGCUUUGUUCAAGAGCAAGCUUUCAGUUUAAAAAUCGGUUUUUCGGCCUGUUCAUUGAUGGAUCAAGAACCAGUUCAAAAGCAGGUACAUGUCAAAGACCGUUACCAACUGAAGAAUGACAGAAAACUUGUAAAUACAAUACGUAAACAAAGCUCUCAGAGACUGUGA